AGAGCCCUCGCUUUCCUGCUGGCAUCACUGCCCUAAACUGCCUUAUAACAUCCACAAUGGCAUUCAACGGAACCUGGCAGGUCUACGCUCAAGAGAACUAUGAAGCGUUUCUGAAGGCUCUUGCAUUGCCAGAUGACCUUAUCAAACUCGCCAAAGAUAUUAAGCCUAUCGUUGAAAUACAACAAAAAGGAGAUGACUUUGUUGUGACAUCAAAAACACCCAAGCAAUCUGUAACGAACUCAUUUACGCUUGGAAAAGAAGCUGACAUUACUACCAUGGAUGGCAGAAAGCUAAAGUGUACUGUGAACAUGGUAAAUGGGAAGCUUGUGUGCAAAUCAGACAAGUUCUCUCACGAGCAAGAAAUUAAAGGAAGUGACAUGGUGGAGACUAUGACUUUUGGUGGAGUAACACUUGUCAGAAGAAGCAAGAAAAUUUAAAGACAGAUCACCUUCUUUGUGACAUCUUUACAUACCUAGAAUAAAGUGCAGUUUCCACAAGGUGUCAUCUUUGUUAUCUGAAAAAACAGUACAGAAAAGAUAAUUAGAGUUUCUGCUCUCCUUUCAAACACAUAUCACCUCCCAUUAUUUUAAGACUGUUUUCCCCGAGUACACUUACAGAUCCCUUCUUUACUCAAAGUGACAGAAGUCUGCCUCCUAACAACCAAACCUGGACACUAACUGGAACACUAUGAUUUAUCAUAAUAAUCCUUGGGAGUGGACAGAAGCUGAUAUAAAUUUUUUCCUGAUUUCUUACAUAAUCAGAGAACAUAUUCAGCUUUAGUUCCUUUGUUUAAUAAAGUUCGGUCUUCUACUAAAAA